UUCAAAUUGAAAUUGUUUGAGGGGGCGAAUGACGUUUUCCUACAGUAGCGUUUUUGUUUUGUUUGGUAUUAAAAUUGUGAUUAAACAAGGACUUUUCUAUCGCCUAAUUAUAGUGAAAAACAUGCGUGUGAAAUACAAACGACGUUGUUAGGACAUUUCAACACAUGAAAUGGACACAGUGAACUUUUUCGCGCCUAAAAACUAAAAGUGUACUAGUGUAAAAAUAUCAAAAAACUUUCGCUUUAAAAAUUCAAUAUUGUGCGUAAAUAUUGUUAUGAAAUGUCUGUGCGCUUUAAGCUGGUUCGUUUAGAAUUCAGGUAGAUUUUGAAUCGAUGUUGUGGCAAAAUUUAGCCCACCCUCCUAAACCGACUAAAGUGGGGUUCCCCGCCCUCCGUAGGGGUAGUAAGGGUAGACAAAGGGUAGUCACCCUAUUCGGAGGGGAGCCUUUGGCGGUUGCGAACGGUAGGGGAAGGGAUUUGCUAUUUCAAGUUCUUUUUUUACUUCAAUAACGCGCCGCGCAAGUGUGGGAAACUUUGUGACCUCGUAAUUUUUUUGUUUCUGUUUUGAGAAAGUUUUAAAAGUAUUCCAAAUAAGGUUACUUCGAUGUCCCUGGAAGAUCAAGUAGAAGAUCCAGACUCCAUGGAGUUGAUGUUAAAAAAGGCCUUAAUAGCGAAGGGAAAGUUGGCAACCAUAACCACUAAGGAGGGAGUGAAACAGUUCACAUGUAUGGAAUGUUCUGCACAGUACGAUGAAAAGGAGAAGUUAGAACUACAUCUGUACUCGCAUUACCAUACAUAUAGAUAUCUGUGUAUUGUUUGUGGCACCGGUCUAAAACGCAAAGAGCACCUAGAUAGACACAUGCAAGAGCAUACAGAAUACCGUCCGCACAUCUGCCCGGACUGUGGCAAGGCAUUCAAGAGAAAGGAGCACCUUAACAUACAUAGCUCAAUACAUAAAGGAGACAAGGCAUUAUGCUGCUCACUUUGUGAUAAGUCAUUCUACCGGAAGGACCAUCUCCAGAAGCACCUCCAAACCCACAACAAGUACAUCCUCCAGUUCAUGGACCAGAACAACAUCAACCUCACCGAAUCGGAGAUGGAGUUCAAGCAGGAAAUGGAGGACUUUGAUGACAUCCAGCCAAUCAUCGCCAGUGUGCAAAGUGGGGUCCAUUGUGACACUUCCAUGGAGAUGGAUGAGAGAAAUGACUCCUCAAUGGACUACUCGCAGGACUUUCCCAAGGAUCUCGGAGUGUUUGACAGUUCAAGACCGCACUUGUGCACCGAGUGUGGAAAAAGUUACAAGAGAAAAGACCAUCUCAAGAUACACAGCUGGACGCAUAAGAAGAAGGAGGUCAUAUGCGGACAGUGCGGGAAAGCAUUCCACACGGAGGACCAAAUGAUGGUGCACGUGAACCUAGUCCACAUCCGCUCGCACGAGGCGGGCAGUGAAGGCAUCUCUCAGCUCAAAGCUCUGCUGGGGGACCAGAUCGACGUUGAGGUGGUGACGCCCAUGCCCAUCCUGAUACCGAAGAAGUCGGACGAGAGCAGGCCGCACGAGUGUCCCAUAUGUCAUCGCAAGUUCAAGAGGAAACAGCACUUGAAAGUGCACGCCAAUGUCCACCUCAAGCAGCCGCAUGCCAUCUGGUGCUCCCGGUGUAACGAAGGGUUCACGACCAAUGAGCAAUUCGAGCUACAUAGUUGUCAGUGGGUAAACUACGACACCAGCGAGAACGGCGAAAACGGCGAUUACGAAGAAGCGCCGCAGAGUCCGCCGCCGGAAGCCAAGAAAGAAAAUAAUCCCAUUGAAUUUGUUGAGGUGGUUGUAGAGGAGCCAACAUCUGACAUAUCAGUGGAAUCAGAAGCCCACAUACCCACACCGCGCCGCGUGUUCGUUUGCAAGUUCUGCUCUAAGCCCUUCAAGCGAAAAGACCACUACAAGAUUCAUCUACACGUCCACACCGGCAUCAAGUCCUGCUUCUGUCCCGACUGUGGGAAAGGUUUCUACCGCAAAGACCACCUGCAGAAGCACAUGAUAGUGCACGCGAAGUUCAAGACGCGGCCGCGGCCGCGCAAGGAGAUCCCCGACCUCUUCCCCAUCAACUUGCUCAAAACACCCAGAAAAGAAGUCAAACCCGAGAUCACUAUACGAGCGCCGUCCAACGCGAAGCUCCGCGUCCCGCUGCAGAUCAAGGUCCCCUACCAGAUGGUGAUGUCUCUGGGCAGCGGCGAGCGGACCGUCACCGUCGACCCGCAAGCCACACAUCAGCAGGAAAUUAUGCAGUAACAGCUUUCAGUCUAGUCUUAAGCCUCGAUAGCUCAACGGUUGAAGAGCGGAUUGAAUUCUGAAAGGUCGGCGGUUCAAACCCCACCCGUUGCACUAUUGUCGUACCCACCCCUGAUACAAGCUUUACGCUUAAUUGGAGGGGAAAGGGGAGUAUUAGUCAUGAUAAGCAUGGCUGAUAUUCUUAAAAAAAAAGUCUCAGCAGCUACUAGAGGUGGACCAUUUCACAGGUAGCGUGUGAAAAAUCAAGUAAAUAGCCUUUUCCUAUGUAACAACUGUUAUUUUUCUUAAAGUAGCCUGUGAAAAAUCACGAAGCAAAAUUUCGCAGUUAAAAAUUAAUUAAACUAGACGCGUCCGUAAGACGCGACUGAUUGGUGUGAAUCGUUUGGAACGCGGCUUGUGAGAUAACUCUAGGACGUCCGAGCGCUCAAGGUUACGUCCGAUAGUUUGCACAGUUCAGUGCACUAUCUACUCGUAGAUAUCUAAAAAAAAUCGCGUCCGAUAAUGUUUUUCCAUCUUAUUUUUUUAAAUUUCACGCAUGCAUGGUUAUUGAUCCGAGCUAAGACGCUAAAGAGUGUGCGAGCGGGAACACUCCCAUCGGUACGUGUGGGUCCAAAUUAAAUUAAUAGUUAUAUUAAUUAUGAUCUCCUAGUGUUUUUGAUAAUAAUUAUUUAACUUAAUUGUGUUUGAAAUUUGUACAUAUCUUAGAAGGAAAGUAAGGUUUUAAUAUUAUAAUAACAAUUUUACGAUUGUCACAAAAUAUAUUUCUCAUUUCUUUAAAAUUAAUGACGUCAGCGAUUUUAUAGUAGGUAGUUAGUUAAAAUUUGUGAGGCCUGUUUCACAUUUUCCUGUAGAAAAUCCUUUUUAAGCGAAAGCUUCUUCGACUUUAGAUACUGAUAAGAUACCAUAAAAACUACGAAAAAAAAUUUAAAAACCAGUAUUUUUCAAAGUUCGCAAUAUAUAGCAAAUAAAACAUCUGACUGACGCUAGAGGUCAACGAACGUUCCGCAACUAGGUUACCCGAAGUCAAUGCCACAGCGUAGGUUAGGCAUAUACACUAUUGGUGUGAUUUUUUGCAUGGAUAUGAUUAAAGACCUGGAAAGUGGCAUGGGCUACUUUUAUACAUGAAAAUUAGAGUUCCCACGAGAUUUCAAAAAUCUAACACGUGGACGAAAUCGCGGGCAUUUAGCUAGUAUUUGAUAUUUUUACAAACAAAACCGUGAAACAUGGCCUCGAAAUUCGAGAUUUUGUAAGUACAUAAUUAUAUAUAUUAAGGUGCCAUGCAAUUGUACCAAAAAAAUUAUCUGUUUUUAUCUUCGAAGUUCCUCUUGUCUCUACGCGAUUCUUGUGAUCUUAUUUGUAAGUUCAAAAGUGUAACAUGAAGUACAAAAUAAAAUAUUUUGCACCGAU